AAAACAUCAUGCAUCAACACGAGUGCUGGGGGUCAACCCUAUUUAGCAGACUCGAAUGGUAAAACAUGUGGAGCAAAUAAUUUUGAAUCUAGAAUUAAGUACACCAAGUAUUUGAUAGGUACGAUAAAUGGCACCAGUGGAAGCGAUAUUGUGAAAGUCAGUAACCCAAGAUUACCGAUUAAUGGAAUUGUCAAAUGUGGUGAUACUGUUACAAUGCCUUUAGGAGUCCUCUAUAAUACGGAUGUGUCUGGCACUACACCUUUCACUGUACCGGAACACAAUGGAGGAAUUUGUUACGAAGGAGGACAAGCAACAACUUACUUCUCUCCUUCAGGGGAAGUUCCAUAUAUGUUAAAUUUUACAGAUUACAAAAGGCACCACGUGUUUAAAUUAAGAGUUCAAGUUUGCGGGUCUGCCAUUUUGCGGUUCACAACUUUAACUGGCGAAUUUAUUGUUGCUAUAAUUAGUUAUCAAGGAAUACAGAUCAUUGCAUGCGAACCACAAUGCACUUUCAAUAAUGGAAUUUCUUAUAUGACAAACAGUAUUAACGAGCAGGCAGGUACCGAAUGCGAGACUGAUAUGUCAUUUUUCUGGGUUAUGCAAAAUGUUGGGAUGUUUUGUAUUGGAACGGGAUACCAUCAUAAGCCGGAAAUGUGUGCACGUGAUGUGAGUAACUCAGACAACCUUAUUCGGAUUGAAACAAAUCCCGAUAACUUCUUUGACGCCGUAUCCAUGAUCGGACAAUUCUCAGACGCAACCUUUAAUUGGGAUUUCAUACAUGUUAAUGGUUGCAAAGAAUACAAGCCUGGUUGGCGUUGUACGGAUAAACUUUCCAAUUGUUCUCAGUAUGAAGAUGGAUUUUGUACGAAGUAUCAUGACUUCGCCAUUAAGAAUUGUGCUAAGUUUUGUGGCAUAUGUUUUGCUGACAGUUAUGGUAAAAAGUUCUUGCUGAGGACCCCAUUCAGUCGACCUGCCGGACAGUGUUCUAUUCUAGUUUCACCACUCAACCCACAUACACACGUUGCUGUCACAAUGUUGCUUGUACCUCCAGAGCAAGAAGUUGUUCUUCAUGGCAUUCAUGAUUUGAACGCGAUAACGUACAGUUGUUCAGAAGCAUUGCCGACUAAGUUGAAUACAAUCACCAUUCUAUCAGACGAUGACGUGGCAGCAGUUCUGUAUCUGGAGAUUAAUGGGCCAAUUAGAGGAACAAGACUUUACCCAGUUGAUGCUUUCGGUAACGAGUUUAUGAUACUGGAGCAUAAUAAAUCGGUUAAGGAAUGCCGUUUCGUGUCAGAGGAUGGCAUUGUCGAGUAUGUACCGUACUAUUCUCGGCCUAUACAAAACAGUGCGGCAGAUUCAGAACGGACAACCUCUGACAUAAAUAAAAAGUUCGAAAUGCCAAAUGGUAAUGACAUGUCCGGGACGAGUUUGACGUUUGCGAAGUCAUCCUCAGUGUUUUGUUUUGAUAAGACAGAGUUUAUUUACACCCAGUUGCUACCAGUAGAUACUUGGUCUAACGAGUAUGUGGUGCCUGGCUUUGACGUAGACGCAGUUAAACACUCACUCACGGGGAUGUUACACAUCAUGUCUACCGCUGACAAUACCAUCGUAAAUAUAUCUGGUGGCUUUGACGCCUUCCAUGCUAUCUAUGACAGAGGUGAUAGAAUUGAGCAAGAGAUCGAUAUAGCUGCAGGGUACAAGAUUGAAGCAUCGGAAAGAAUUGCCGUGGGGUUAUACAUCAAUGAUUCUAUAAAUACAGGAAUGACUUCAUUCAGUUUGUUAGCUCCAGCCCAAAACCACCACGACACCGUCUUAACAGCUGUACCGUAUAUUGUAUUUGAUGACGGAAUUGAGACUGAAACUGUAAUAUACACGUCGUAUAUAAAUGCUUAUCUAGAUUCAGGUGUGAAUCAAACAACUGAAGCGGAUUCUGAUUUGUCAUACCGAGUGAUCACAACCGGGGAGGUAAUUUACGAAAUGACGUUGGUGCAUUCAGACUACGAAUGGCUUAUUGUUCCCGGGAAUAUCAAAGCAAGAUAUUUGAAUGAGCCCAAGAAAAUCUGCAGUAUAUCAGCACCAGCACAUGGUGACGGGAUAGAUAAUGACUGUGAUGGUUUGAUAGACGAGGACGGUUGCUAUGAUGAUGUUUACGGGGUUUAUAAAGAGGAUCACGACUUAGAUGGUGACUUUGGCGAAGACUGUGGGGGCACAAUAAUUCAACGUCCGGUUGUUGUGACAGCUCCGAAACAGCCGAUGUGUUUAAACUUUACAGAAGUGCCUGGUCAGUGCUGGGUACCAUACUCUUGCCCGUGCUCAUGGUUGAAGAGAAUGGAGAAAUAUCAGGGUAUGACCCAUGAGGAACUUGUUGAAGCAUUACGUAAUGAUACCAAGGAAAUUCUUGACUCCAUGAAGCUCAACAAGGAACUCCUGACAGCUACAAUUAUAACGAGAGAGAGUGCAGACGAUGAUAGAAAGAGUGCACAGAGCAUUGGCUUUGUCGGCGUCGCCCUAUUCGCAGUCAUCUUCGGCACAGUUUUCAUCAUGGAUAUCAAUGCACUCAAACGUGACGCGCUCAUUCUCUGGGGAAACUUAUCCGACGGUGCUGGAAGGGUGCGUGACUUUGUUACAAAAUGUUGUAAGAAGAAAGCAACAGAACCAAAGUAGUGUGGCAGAAAAAAAAGUUUUUAAUUUUACUAUAAUUGCAUGUGAAUUUUUACUUCUCUUCGAAACACAUUGUUUUUACGAACAAUACGUAUUGCUUACCUACAUGUAAAUAACUUUGAGUGUUUUUUAAACUGGUAUUUAAACUUGAUAUUUCAUUUGUAUUUGUUUCAAUCGGCUGUAUGGUAAAGGUUAUACCAUCCUAUCUAUUUACCAAUCUUUCAAACAAGGACGUUAGUUAGAUAAUUCAAUAAGUAUCGAAAGAGUCGCAUUCAAGGGGUGAGUUAGAGUUGACGCAGCAUCGCAGUACAAAGUAAAUCUUGAUCGACAGUUCAAUCACAACCAUAACGUUAAGGUUCAUUUUUUUUCUGGACUUAUCGGAGAAAUAAGUAUUAGUUACCAAUUUCUUUAGAAAAAAAUAUAUUUGCAAUGAGUGGUUUUCGCAGCCGUCGUUUUUAAGAACUUUACUUUAUCUAUUGUGUUAUAACUGAGGUAAAAUGAUUAAAUUUCAGCUUUAUUGUCACGGUAUGUUUUUAUAAGCGGACGAUUUUUUAUUUGUUGAAGUUUUUCUUUUAUUAUAAUGCAAUGUUGUGACUGUGGCCGAGUGAUUUGUUGUCGCUUUAAUUCGUUUCGAUAAUCGGUUUAAGUUUCUUUUUAAAGUAAUGACAUGAUGAGAUUGAGGGCGAGUUACCUCAUUUAUUUUCUUUUCAAUUAAUAACAUGCUGUAAAUGAGGGAGCGUGAUUUAGUGUCAAUUUUAUUCUUUAAAAGACUAAGGGCAGGUGAUUUAAUAUCAUUUUGAUUGGUUAGAUAUUAAGUGACGAUAUGCUGUGACCGAGGGCAGGUGAUUUAAUAUCAUUUGAUUGGUUAGAUAUUAAGUGACGAUAUGCUGUGACCGAGGGCAGGUGAUUUAAUAUCAUUUGAUUGGUUAGAUAUUAAGUGACGAUAUGCUGUGUCUGAGGGCGAUUGGUUGAAUUUGUUUAAUUUGUUCUUGUUUUAAACGUUGUCAUGAUUUGACUGAGGGCGUGUCUUUUUACGUAAUUUUAAUCUGUUACCGCUUUUAGUGACUACAUGCUACGAUAGUGAGUAAGUUCACAUUUAUUUCAUAAAAAAUUGAUAACAUGUUUUGAUUAAGUGCACAUAGUUUAAAAGUUAUGGUGUGACUGAGGGCAAGUUGUUAAAACAUAUUAAUUCCUUUAAUUAUAUAAAACUCGGGGGUUGAACCCCAUAUGGAUCUCAAAAUUGAGCAUCGGUUAAAAAUAUAUGUGAAUUUCCGCUGAUCCAGAUGUGAGCUAUAACUCGAUAUGUGAAGGAGAAAAUAGGUCAAUCACAGUUCAAGUUUACAACUUUUUAAACAUUUAUAUAAAAUUCAAAACUUUUUUUUUAAAGAAAAUCGAAAUGUUUCAAGUUACUCGUUUUAUUUAUAUUGACCUAUUUUCUACUUAAGCUCACAUCUGGACCAGCGGUACUCUCCUGCGCACAUCGGUCGAAUGUUCCACUAUCGCUCUCUUUCUUACGUGAGUGAGUGUAUUCAGUGAGCUGCGAAGGGAGCGUAGAUCAGCGGAAAUCCACAUAUAUUUUUACCGAUGCUCAAUUUUGAGACCCAUAUGGGGUUCAACAUCCGUGUAUUAUAUUAUUAAAAUAAUUAAUAUGUUUUUAAACCACAUAUGAUUUUAAUUGGUCACCGCCGUGCAUUUUAUGCAACUGCUUUUUUAGUAGUACUCCUCUUCGCUUGAAAUAUCUCUAAAAUUUCACCGAGCUGUGCUGAAAAUUAAUUCUAAUAGUGAAAUCUAGAGUCUUAAAACACGAAAUGACCGUCAAUACCAACUGUUUUCUAAAAUCUUACUUUCUCGACUUCUUUUGAAAUUUCAGUCUUUGACAUAUUUUUCUGGUUAGUGCCUCCAAGUUAUCUAACAAAGAAACUGAAAGGAAGAUUUUAUUUUGAAAAAGAAAAGUUUCCAUUACGGUUUGCCAUAUUGACGUAACCUAUUAGAUUUCAUGGAAAUGUUGAAAACAAAAAAUCGAUAUAAAAAUGAUCGACGAAAAUGAAAAGGAUAGAGCACAAAUGUAUGAUCGCUAACGAUUAUAUUGUCCAACAAUAUUGAUCUGGCACUUCAUUAACUUUCGUAAAGGUCAUUUGAAUAAACACUGACCAGUAUCUAUCGAAUAUAUCGAUAUUUUUGAUAUCUUCACUCGUAAGUGAGGUGUGGUGUAUAGAUGUCGGUCUACCGAUUUGAGGGUCUCUGCUUCGAUUCCUUACCAACACCACGUUAUGAUUUUUUUUUUAAAAUUUACUUGCAAGAAUUAAUUUGAAAUCGUUUUACUACAUCUGGUUUAAGAAUAUCUAUUAAAUGAUGUUUUUAUACACAAUUAUAUUUUAUUACAUAACAGUAUCUUUCAACGGUUCUCUUUGUGUCAUUAUGCAAUCUAUGCUUUAGCAUACACGCUAUAAAGGCUACACAGACAGUGCACACAGCAAAAUGGUUUGCCAUAGUUCUAAGAGAAUAGCAAUUUUAAAAUUAAAAUAAAAAAAUAGAAAAUAAAUCGCUGAAACAGGAUUCGAACCUAUCAGUCUAGUCUACAUUCUUCAAGUGAAAUUCUACCAACUGCGUUAAGAAACAAUUGGAUAUUUCCAUUCAUAUCGACUUACAAGUAGAUCGUAACGUUUACGGAACAUACCGACUACUGGGUCAAAUGCAAGAGUGCCAGGUCAAUGUUAUUGGACAAUAUCUUCUAUUAUAUGCAAAAAAUGCUUCUUUUUUGGUUUUUGCCAGUCAAUCAUGAUUAAGACAAAAAUGAAAAGUUAUAGCUUUGUAAAUGUUAGACUAUAUAUGACAUGCACAGUGAGAUAAUAAAAUGUUUGCACUUUUGUAUAUAUAUUUUUUAUUCAUAUUAUAAGUACUCCAUAGAAUGUUUUUGACCAUGUGACAUGCACAACAUAACAAUUAACACACGAAGCAAACCCUUAAUGAUUUAUAAACAGUGUAGACUAAUUAUAAAUUAACUCCAUGCUGUGGUAUUCUGCAACAAAAGUAUAUAAUGACUGACUAUUUUGGAAUAGUAAUCCAGGCUUCAGAGGGGAUCGAACCCUCUUCCUCCUGUUUACUAGACAGGCGCUGUAACCACUGAGCUAUGGAGCCAGAUGUGUUCAUCUAGACGUUAUAUCACAUUACCAUAACUAUGACAUUUAUUUGCAUAUUAGAGGCAAUAAAUUUCGGUAUACAAACAGUUAGCAGCAAUCAUCAAGAUUUGUUUUGUGAAAAUCAAACAAAAAAGUGAAAACAGUGAAAAAAAGUACUUGGAAGCAAAAAGAAUGUCAAAUGUUCUAAAUAAAUGCUUUGUGCUAGUCACCCACUUUCCGUAACAUGUCAAAAUAUGAAGAAAUUUAUGUUACUUGGUUACUUAGUUACGGGAUAGGAUUAAAAGUGAAUUUUUUGAAAUUGUAUAUGCUAUAAAAAGUUUUACUUUGAAUGAGAGUAUUUUUACAUUUCCUUAAUUAUUUUAAAUCUUGUGAGUAGUUAUUAAAACUCACCGCAUGGUCUUUCACAGCGUGUUUGGGAAAACGGUUGACGAAACUAUAGCACGCAUUUCUUUAUAUUUAUAGCAAUUAAGAGUGAAAAAGAAUAAAUGAAAUUAACGUAAGAAAAAGGCA